UCUUCAUUCACUGCCAUCAUCUGUUUCUUUUUCUUAUGCUUUUUCCACACUCUUUUGUGUUUCCUUCACUGGCUUUCGUAUAUAAAAGCCAUACACACCCUCACUCUCAUAUCACUCAACACAGAAAGCACAACACAAAGCCUCAAAUUGAACCUCUUUGUUUCAACAAUGGACAACUUUCCUGUGCCGUUUUCAGCAGCCACCACCAACCCAUUAAUCCCUAAUGUCUCUGGCACUACCUCUUUCUCUUCGAACAUAAUAAUCCCAGCUCAACAAAACAUGGCAGAACUAACAAAUUUUAACUUCCCUGUUGACAAAACUGGAGAAAUUGGCUUUCCUGAUCCUUAUUUCGGUCCAUAUGAUCAAAACAUGCACUUCCAACAAAUGAAUCCAUAUCCUUUGCAUACCCUUCCAACACCACAACGAAAUGGAAUUUAUGGACCACCAAAUUCUGAAGUUCAAACCUCUGUGGGACCAUUGACUAGCAAAGUUGCUAGGGACAAAAGGAAAAAAGUAAGACAGAAGAGUAAGAAUGUUGCUCCUACGGCUCCUUUGGUUCCAACCAAAGGAACAAAGGAAAAACCUGUUUCUGGACGAGGAAAACUCACUAUCAACCUAGAUAGAACUACCACUGUUUUUUGCAGCCCAGAUGGGAAGAAGUUAGAGCAAGUUUUCACAAAGCAGUUGAAGAAUAGUGACGUUAGUGUCCUAGGUCGCAUUGUGCUCCCAAAGAGGGAGGUUGAGGCGAAGCUUCCACCAUUGACAGACAAGGAAGGAAAGGAUAUCAUAGUCAAGGAUGUUUAUUCUGAGAAGAUAUGGUCCUUGAAAUACAAGUAUUGGUCUAAUAACAGAAGUAGAAUGUAUGUUCUUGAAAAUGCAGGGGAUCUAGUGAACCAUUAUGAACUACGACUGGGAGAUUAUAUAACCAUUUUCACGGACGAAAUGAAAAAUCUGUAUGUGUGGGCUAGAAAAAUGAGAAAUCUAGAAACACCGGUGUGCUCGUCAAACAUGGAAAGCUCGAAAACAUGCGAGACAGACAACCUUAACGACAUGAAGCAAUCUACAAAUGAAGAUGCAUAUUUGGAAUUUUUUACAAAGCUGAACCGUAAGAAAGACGUUGAAGAAGCUAACAAGCUUUUGACUUCAUUCAAUGGUGGUGGAAGUUCUUCAAGUGGAGCAAAAUCAGAUAUGAAUAUAGCACAGCAUGAUCUGUCGAACACUGCUGGGAAAGGGGCACCAAACCAAACAACUGCAGAAGCCACACCAACAGCACCAACAACACCCCUUGAUGGCAAUAACAUGCCGAUAAGUGAUGAAGAUGUCUAUGGGGGCCUUGACAAUAUCUUCGAAAUUGAGAAUAGUUCAUGGUUUUGAUAGCUUGUAAGAUUAUAAGAUAUGGCCUUAUAACUAUGAUCGCAAUAUUUAAGAUAUAUGGUAGAUGUGUUUAGUUUUAUGCAAACCUUGUGUUCUUGCAUUUCGUUUCUUGUUAUGUUUAAUGGUGUCUCGUGGGAUAAUAGAGACAAAUGUUAGACAUAUUUUAUGACAUGCAACCUUGAAUUCUUGUAUGUCAUAAUGUGGUAUGUUUAUUUCUGUGUAUGAGAUGCCGGAGAGAAAAUGUUUGA